ACCCAAGGGCUAGAUUCUGGGAGACUAGUGGUGAGAGGAGCCUUGUGGAGAUGAGAAGCUUGGUGGAAACAUUCCAACAAACAAUGCCUUCUCUAACUGGAAACUGAAGUGCAGUUGGUCUAGCAAAAUAUUUCUUUAUGAAACACAAAGGGACAAUAGCAGUGGCUAGUCAGGAGUAAUGAAAGCUUCCCCUCACAGUGAGUGAGGGGUUUUCAUGAUCUACAAGGUGAGAAACUACCUGUGAUGUGGACUCUGGAAGAGGCUAGGAUCAAACCACUAAAGAAGUUACACUUGAGCCAGAUUCAAAGCCAGGCCUCCAGUGGUAAAAGGCAUAGUAGGCGUUAUAUGCAACGACCCACUAGCCUUCUAGAACCGUUUUUAUCCUACCAAAAGCUUAUAUAAAGCUUAUACUACUCCACUAGAACAAAUGACAAUUUCCUUGAUCACUAAAUAGGCGUGAACAUCCAUGAAAAUACCUAGUUAUAUUAAAACAAAAAAAUAGAGACUAAAUCUCAUUCCCAUUUACAGAAAGAAGUGUGCGUAGGUACUGUAGCGUGUCUCAUCUGUCAAUGGCGUUCAUGGUGAUAACUCCCCUAGUCUCUUUUGAUUCCCCUCCCUCUUGACAGGGGCUCUGUUCAUCCCCACAGGAUCACAAGCUGAGCACUGAUGCCAGUACUGCGCUGCAAGACAUUUCCACAGAGACACAGUCGCUGUUAUUCAUCCAGCAAGCAGGACUGGAAAGAAUGAGAGCUUCACCACGGUGCAGAGCAGAGAGGAGGGAAGCUACUCAGGCACCUAACUGAAUGAGAGCCAGAUUCUGUUUUACUCCUUUCUAUUUUAUUCCUUGCAAUGCCCUGUAAGGAUAAAGUGGUGUUUUAGGGCAUGCCGACACCAAUGGUUCUGAGUUAAAUUGGAUUCCUAAGUGGGCCGCUCUGCCCUCAGCUCAGAGUAGUGUGCUGACAAGAUGACUGGGCAGAUGAACAUCGAGAGCAAUCACCUUUCCAACCACAGGCUGUCCGUCAAGACUACCACAGAUGAGGAGCUGGAGCGUAUGGACAACACUCUCAGCAGGGCCCAGUCCAUGUGUGAUGACACCUCCUCAGAGCUGCAGAGGGUGGCUUCACUGGACCCCAAUGGGCUGCACUCCCAGAACUCCUUCCAAGGGAGGGGGGCGCUUUCAAGGCUGGUCCGGAUGGUGGUGACGUUGAGGGAGUGGGCUCACAAAAGCCUGCAGGAGGAGGAGCAGAGGCCAGACUCCUUUCUUGAGCGUUUUCGAGGGCCAGAGCUGCGGGCCAUUCCCAGCCGGGUCAGCAACUCCCAACAGGACCAAGAGAACACUGACAGCAAGGGAAAAGACAAAAAAAAGAAGGAAGUGUUUGUGCUGGACCCUGCUGAGAAUCUUUACAACCAAUGGCUCUUAAUAAUCGCCAUUCCAGUACUCUAUAACUGGUGCAUGCUGAUAGUUCGGGCCUGUUUUGAUGAUCUGCAAACUGAAAACUACAUUCUUUGGCUGGUUCUGGAUUAUGUUUCAGAUGUCCUCUACAUUAUUGACACUGUCGUUCGGCUCCGCACAGGUUUCCUCGAGCAGGGGCUGAUGGUAAAGGACCUGGCCAAGCUUAGGGAGAGCUACAUCCACACCCUGCAGUUCAAGCUGGAUGUGAUCUCCAUCUUACCGACAGACCUGGCUUACAUCGCCACAGGCAUCCACACCCCUGCGCUUCGCUUCAACCGUCUUCUGCGCUUUCCCAGGAUGUUUGAGUUCUUCGACCGGACAGAGACACGCACCAACUAUCCCAACAUUUUCCGCAUCUGCAAUCUGGUGCUCUACAUUCUGGUUAUCAUCCACUGGAAUGCCUGCAUCUACUUUGCUAUCUCCAAGGCCUUUGGCAUAGGGUCAGACAGCUGGGUCUUUCCCAACUUUACAAACCCCACUUACGGCAGACUGACUCGAGAGUACAUCUACUGUCUGUACUGGUCUACUAUCACACUCACCACCAUUGGAGACAUGCCACCCCCAGUCAGGGACGAGCAGUAUUUGUUUGUUGUUUUUGAUUUUCUAGUUGGGGUCUUGAUCUUUGCCACUAUUGUGGGAAAUGUCGGAUCCAUGAUCUCUAACAUGAACGCCACAAGAGCGGAAUUCCAGGCCAAGAUCGACUCUAUCAAACACUACAUGCAGUUCCGCAAAGUGAGCAGAGAGAUGGAGGCCAGGGUCAUCAAGUGGUUCGACUACCUCUGGACCAACAAAAAGACUGUGGAUGAAAGGGAGGUCCUCAAAAACCUGCCAGACAAGCUCAGGGCUGAAAUAGCCAUCAACGUCCACCUGGACACCUUAAAAAAGGUUCGUAUCUUCCAAGACUGUGAGGCCGGGCUUUUGGUGGAGCUGGUUUUGAAACUGAGGCCUCAGGUUUUCAGUCCUGGGGAUUACAUCUGCCGGAAAGGGGACAUUGGAAAAGAGAUGUACAUUAUUAAGGAGGGGAAACUGGCCGUGGUAGCUGAUGAUGGGGUCACCCAGUACGCUCUCUUGACAGCCGGAAGCUGCUUUGGCGAGAUCAGCAUCCUCAACAUUGAGGGCAGCAAGAUGGGCAACAGGAGGACUGCCAAUAUCCGGAGCAUCGGCUACUCUGAUCUCUUCUGCCUCUCUAAGGAUGAUCUGAUGGAGGCACUCACUGAGUAUCCAGAUGCUAAGAAGGUGCUGGAGGAGAGGGGCAGGGAGAUCCUGGUAAAAGAAGGAUUGCUGGAUGUGUCAGCUGGGAAAGGGGUGGUGGGGGAGGUGGAGGUGGAGGAGAAGAUAGAGAGGCUGGAGUCCUCCUUGGACAACCUACAAACACGCUUUGCCCGGCUGAUGACAGAGUACAACUCCACCCAGCUUAAGCUGAAGCAGAGGAUCACCUUUCUUGAGAGGAGGGUCAAGUACAUGGGCAGUGGGUACAUCUCUGAUGGGAUGGACAGUACUAAUGACACUGAUGGAACCUGCAGUGAGGGAAUGCAGUGACCCUCUCUCCUGACCAAUUAACUUUAUCAAAUGCUUUUAUUGAUUACUUUCAGCUGUAGGCUGAGACUGUUGGAAGGUCUGCUAUCUUAUGUAACCUGCACAAGAGUUAAUCACUAUAUAAACAAUGCAAAAAGUACAUGUGAAAUACUAGGUCAGUAGAAUCCCAGAGCACAUAAGGAAUGGAAGAUGAUCAUAAUAACAACAUGUUUCUAACUCUGAAACUGAUACUAUUUUCAAUGAUUUUAUGUAUGUGUACUGUAUUAAUAUAAGGUCUACAUCUUUAAUAUGAUAAAUAAGUUACAAACAAAAAAUAAGACAGAAGAGCUGUUUAACUUAUAAAAUUCACAGUGUUGGAUGUCUUUUACAGUAGCCUUGGUUAAGCUUUAAGUGGUGUGCUUGGUUGAACAGUCAGUGUGUUGUUCUUAACUUUGAGGCUCAACUGUAUUAAAGACUAUUUUGUUAUAAUAGACCAUCAACCUCACCUUCAGCCCAGAACUAAUCAAACUACUCAUAAAGGCUGGCAAUUCCUCAGUGUAGGAUAUUUUUGGUUAGAUAUUAGGUCAGAUUUUUUUUUAUAAAUCAGAGUUCAUCAUUUGGGAUUUCAAAUACUAGUGUAUCAUAGUUUUUCUCCACUUCAUACUCAACUGUAAUUUAAAUUAUCGUAAAUUACCUUACCUAAAGGUCACUUUAACCAUGGUGAUCUUUAGACAGACACGGCAACUUACAUAACUUACAUUGUUUAAACAUGUAUACUUGAGCCUUACUCUCGCGUUUGAAUUACAGCCCUGUAUCAUAUGAUAGGUAUGACCAUCUAAGAUCUGAAUAAUUAAUACUGUAUAAAAUGUAGCUUGUUUUUUUUGUUCACUUUUUAAUUUCUGCAUUUUGCAACCAUUUCUAUUCAACUAUAUUAGUAACAUCAAUGUUCAUUUGGUUCAGUAAAGGGCUGGCAACUAAAUUAGACCUCUUGUAGUUUCCAAAAAAUCUCUGCAAGAGGCAAAAAAGGGAAACUAGUUAGCAACAUGAAAAUAUUAAUAUCAGGGUAGAAUAGUUCAAAAUAUAUCAAAUAUUCGCCCAUAAAUCUGUUCUCAAGGUUACUGUGAAAAAUACUGUACAGAGGAACAAAUGUUCCCAUGGCAUGUCUGCAGUGUGUAUAACUGCAUCACAAACAUUUUCAAGUACUGCAUGUCUUUCCUAGUAGAGCACUGGAUUAUUCAUUUGAGUGAAAACUUAUUUGGCAGAUUUAAAUACUUCAAUUAUUUUUACAUUAUGUAAAUUGAGUUAUUCUUCGUUAUUCUUGACAACUUUAUUUUGUUGGAAUAUAUUUAAAUAAAAAAUAUGCUCCUAUUUUAA